AUGUCAACGAUGAUGCACCCGCUCCCUCUCCUCGCGACGGGCGCAACCAUCCCCGGCGCCACAAUCAUCUUUGUCCUUUACAUCGUCGUCCUCCUCGCCUUUACCUUCGGCGCCGGUCAGAUCAUCAAACUAAUUGCUACGUACCCCGCCACUACGGCAGUCAACCUGGGCGACAGCCUCUGGGACAAUGUCUUGAUGGCUUGUGCAAUAACUGUUGGGAUUGUAGGUUCUAUGUAUACAGUAAUACUCUGGUUCAUCCUUGAGAGGUCAUGGGUACCGGUGCAGGUUUUUGUGGAUUGCGGCGUGAUCAUCUGUGGGAUGGGAGCUGGACUGGUAGUGGUUGCUCUUGUGCUGCGGAUUGUCUGGGAGAUCUUCAGCGCGAUCUACUUCUAA